AGUGGGAUCAUUGCCCCAGAGCCAGCCACUUACCUGUUCUGCGCAAAGGGCAGGUACUAGGUGGAGACUCGCAGAGCACCUUAGGGAAAGGACUGGAGGGAAUAAGGCCCCAGGGCACAGGGGCUUGAGGGGAGACAGUGGAUGAAGCAGAGGCCUGUGGUGACUGGGCAUGGCCAGCACUAAUCUCACCCCUGCCCCAGGAGAGAGUGGGGCCUCAGGGGCAGCUAAGAAAAUAGGGAGCAGCAGCAUCUGGGUCCCAGGCCCUGCACUCUCCCUGCUCCUGCUUCUGCUCCUGCUGCUGCCACCUCCACUGCUGAGUACAGGGAGCUUCCUGCACCGCCUCCCAGCUUGGAGAAAUUUCCACCAUGGCAUCAUGCACCACAGGAGCAAAGCACAGAAGCUGGGCACCUGCGAGGGUGCCUUUAACCUCUUCUUCCUCUUAGACACGUCAGAAACUGCAAAAGAAUCCUGGAAAGAAAUUCACAAACUUGUGGAGGAACUGCUGAAGAAGUUCACAAACCCAAGCCUGAGGAUCUCCAUAAUCACAUACUCUUCACAGAGCAACACCCAAAUGAAACUCACCCCAGACAGGCAAGUAAAUUCGGAGCUUCGAGAAGCGUACAACUUAAAAUACUACGAUGUGGAAUUUUUGAGACCUGUCCCAGAUCCAAGUAACAAGGAGAAAUUUGUCUGCCAAUAUUUUGUGGGCGGCAAGAGGUUCCCCACCCCUCAGUGCUCCCUGGAGGUGGAGGAUAUUGAGGCCCAGAGGAGCAGGAGAAGACCCAUUAAGGCCCAAGGAACCACUAGAGAAGACCACAAUGCCCAUGACAACCACACGAAUGACCACAACACCCACAACCACCACACAGACGACCACAACACCCACGACGACCACACGGAGGACCACGACGACCACACAGACGACCACAACACCAACGACGACCACACAGAGAACCACAACGCCCACGACGACCACACAGACGACCACAACCACCACGACGACCACACGGAGGACCACAACGACCACGACGACCACACGGAGGACCACAACGCCCACGACGACCACACGGAGGACCACAACGACCACACGGAGGACCACAACACCCACGACGACCACACAGAGGACCACGACGACCACACGGAGGACCACAACGUCCACACGGAGGACUACGACGACAACAUGGACACCAUGGUGGGAAGAAACAUGGUGGGAAACAGAGGGGACCACAAAGCCCACAAAAACCACACGGAGGACCACAACAACAACAUGGACACCAUGGUGGGAAGAAACAUGGUGGGAAACAGAGGGGACCACAGCGCCCACGACAACAUGGACACCAUGGUGGGAAGAAACAUGGUGGGAAACAGAGAGGACCACAAUGCCCACGAAAACCACACGGAGGACCACGACAACAACAUGGACACAAUGGUGGGAAGAAACAUGGUGGGAAACAGAGAGGACCACAACGUCCACAACGACAACAUGGACACCAUGGUGGGAAGAAACAUGGUGGGAAACAGAGAGGACCACAAUGCCCACGACAACCACACGGAGGACCACAACAACAACAUGGACACCAUGGUGGGAAGAAACAUGGUGGGAAACAGAGAGGACCACAACGCCCACGACAACCACACGGAGGACCACAACGACCACACGGAGGACCACGACAACCACACGGAGGACCACAACGCCCACAACGACCACACGGAGGACCACGACGACCACACGGACAACAACAACGCCCACGACGACCACACGGAGGACCACGACAACAACACAGAGGACCACAACGCCCACGACGACCACACGGAGGACCACGACGACCACACGGACAACAACAACGCCCACGACGACCACACGGAGGACCACGACGACAACACAGAGGACCACAACGCCCACGACGACCACACGGAGGACCACAACCACCACGACGACCACACGGAGGACCACAACCACUACAACAACCACACGGAGGACCACAACGCCCACAACGACCACACGGACAACCACAACGCCCACGACGACCACGCGGACGACCACAACACCCACGACGACCACACGGAGGACCACAACCACCACGACGACCACGCGGAGGACCACAACCACCACGACGACCACGCGGAGGACCACAACACCCAUGACGACCACGCGGAUGACCACAAAGCCCACGACGACCACGUGGACAACCACAACGCUCACGACGAAGACACAGACGACCACAGUGCCCAUGAUGACCACAUGGACGACCACAAGGUCCACGGUUAUCACACAGGAAAUGACUGAGACCUCAGUUGUCAUACCAAAGACCACAGUGCACAUGGUUGUCACAGUAAAGCCUAUCCUUGACAAAUCUCUCCUAUACCCAGUGCUCCUCCCAACCCUGCUCAUUAUUCCAGUGGUGAUCUGCUGCAUCUGCUGUUGCAUGAAUACUGACAAGGAGCCACCGCCAGUGAAGAAAAUAGAAAGGGAGUCAGAGACGUGUAUACAGCCAUGCAACAUGGUGAUUGUCCCUUGUUGUAGGUACCAGCAAGACAACAUGAGACACACUGAGGACAAACUGGAUACCUUGUGUGACUUUGUUCAAAGCUGCAAUCAGCCGCCGUUGAUGUGGUGUCAGCCUAGGGACCAGGGUUGGUGCUUCAACUUCACCCCAGUGGAGCCCCUCUGCAGGGAGUUGACCUGCCUUCCACCCAACCAGGGAUGCUUCCCCCUCAAUAGCUGCUGCUCACAAUGCCAACAGCCCCCAACCAUAUACUCCCAGCCACCCUCCAUGAUGCUGCCAUUGAUCUCUCCCUCUGCCGAGGCACUCCCACCCCCAUAGUCCAGCCCCUAAAGCCCCCCAAACCCAAGACUGUUAAGAGCCCUUUGUGUACUGAAUUGGACAUAUAGAGAGAGUCUUGAUAUAUGGUCAAAGGAGUUAGAAUUGUUGGUGAUCAACAAGAGAGUUUUUUAUAGCAUCAUUCCACUGUAUGAGAUGUAUCCGUAGUGUUCUUAUCAGGAUAAAGGACCUUGGUGUCUACGGAUGCAGACAUGGAUGCCUCCCACUCCUUGCAGGUUGGUCUUCAUCUGUCAUGAAGGACCUGGAUGCAUGGGGUUUGGUCCAAAUUUUGCUCUUUGAAAAAAGCCCAAAGCGUCUUUGAAA